AUGCGAUCCAAGGCCUUCGCAGCAGCAGCGGCGGUGGCGGAGGCGGUGGAGAGAGCAGCGCCGCACAUCUUGGGAGACGGGGAGGGUGGGAUAUAUGGCCCAGGCGGGGAUGAGUGCAUGGGCGGGGAUGAGUGCAUGGGCGGGGAUGAGUGCAUGGGCGGGGAUGAGUGCAUGGGCGGGGAUGAGUGCAUGGGCGGGGAUGGUUGCAUGGGCGGGGAUGGUUGCAUGGGCGGGGAUGGUUGCAUGGGCGGGGAUGAGUGCAUGGGCGGGGAUGGUUGCAUGGGCGGGGAUGGUUGCAUGGGCGGGGAUGAGUGCAUGGGCGGGGAUGGUUGCAUGGGCGGGGAUGGUUGCAUGGGCGGGGAUGAGUGCAUGGGCGGGGAUGGUUGCAUGGGCGGGGAUGGUUGCAUGGGCGGGGAUGGUUGCAUGGGCGGGGAUGGUUGCAUGGGCGGGGAUGAGUGCAUGGGCGGGGAUGGUUGCAUGGGCGGGGAUGGUUGCAUGGGCGGGGAUGAGUGCAUGGGCGGGGAUGGUUGCAUGGGCGGGGAUGGUUGCAUGGGCGGGGAUGGUUGCAUGGGCGGGGAUGAGUGCAUGGGCGGGGAUGGUUGCAUGGGCGGGGAUGGUUGCAUGGGCGGGGAUGGUUGCAUGGGCGGGGAUGGUUGCAUGGGCGGGGAUGAGUGCAUGGGCGGGGAUGGUUGCAUGGGCGGGGAUGGUUGCAUGGGCGGGGAUGGUUGCAUGGGCGGGGAUGAGUGCAUGGGCGGGGAUGGUUGCAUGGGCGGGGAUGGUUGCAUGGGCGGGGAUGGUUGCAUGGGCGGGGAUGGUUGCAUGGGCGGGGAUGAGUGCAUGGGCGGGGAUGGUUGCAUGGGCGGGGAUGAGUGCAUGGGCGGGGAUGAGUGCAUGGGCGGGGAUGAGUGCAUGGGCGGGGAUGAGUGCAUGGGCGGGGAUGGUUGCAUGGGCGGGGGAUGGUUGCAUGGGCGGGGAUGGUUGCAUGGGCGGGGAUGA